AUGGAUGAGUUUGCUAUUAACACCCGGAACUCGACCAACGAAAUAAGGAAUAGUCUAAUAUUUGUUUCAACUGUUUAUAUUCCAUUAGACUUUGUGAUCAUUUGUGGAAACGCAUUUGUUCUUAUGGUCAUUCACCGAACUCCUAGUUUACAACAGCCACAGUUUACUUUACUUGCUAGUUUAGCAUUAGUUGAUCUACUUACGGGGAUCAUCGGUGUCCCCACCUUCGUGUGGGGGCUUGUCGUGCGGGGAUCCCUUCUCCUGCAGAACGUCGUUGAUUGUCAGUUACAAUACAUACCUGUGAAAUUUUUUGUGUCGGCGUCGUUUCUCCAUCUCAUUUUUAUUACUGCAGACCGGUAUGUUGCAAUAAUUAAACCUUUACGAUAUGGACAAAUUAUUACUCAGACACGAAUUUAUUGUGCUAUCGUUUUUUCUUGGAUUCUAGCCGGUCUGUAUGCCAGCGUCCAAGUGUUCUGGAAGACCAAACGAAUUGAAGGAAUUUUCCUUUGUUACCAGAUGAAUCCACAAGGCUUUGAAGUUCAACGUCGCCUGAUCUUGAUCAUUAUUCCAACAGGUGUGGUUAUAUUAAUUAUUAUGUAUUUUCGAAUUUUCAUGGAGGCAAGAAAGCACAGGAACGCCAUAGCCGCGGCUCAGAAUGCAUUCGACACACAAACAUCAGCUCAUAAAAAAUUUAAAGCAGCUAAAACAAGCGCUUUGAUGGUCUGCUUAUUCGCUGUUGCCUAUGUACCUUAUUCUGUCAGAGUUGUAAUCUUCUUAUUUGGGUUUGAACGUUCGGAUAUAUACUGGUACGAAUUGAUGUCGGAGGUAUUGCUAUGCAGCAGUUCGGCCAUCAACCCGUUCAUCUACGUGUUCCGUCAUAGGCAAUUCUCAUCUGCUUUACGUCGUCUAAUGAAAAACUAUGUUAAUAGGGACUAAAUUCUGAGUUAAAUCUUUUUAAAAAGUAACUUCAAUUACGGAGAUACAUUUUCUUCAUGCUUCAAUGACAUUGUAUUAAAACAAAAGAAUUAUAAACUCAUUUAAACACGCUGAGAUUUUAUUAUAUUAUCAUUAUUGUCGUAUGUAUGUUGACAAAUUUUACAACCAUAUAACUAAAAUUAAUAUGUAUUUCAAUCUGUAAAUUAAUUAAUCAGUAUUGUUGACUGUUAUAUGUCAAUAUAAUACCGUAAACGCUUGUCAUCUAUCUUUGACAGUUAUUUUCAAACGAUAGUUGGAUCACACUACGGCCUCAAUACCAGAAAUAAAAAUCAGCUUCGUAUACAUUUAAAAAAAACUCAAAUAGUCCAACAAUAUAUAACAUACCAAGGUGUAAAAAUAUGGAAUAACUUCUCUCAAUUAUUAAAAUCUCAAAAUCACAUUUUACUUUCAAAAGACAGCUGUAUAAGGAACCGAAAAUGAAGUAUUUGUAAUUCUUUAUUUUUUAAACUUUUUUUAUUUUCACCCGAAACUUUUUGUAGAAAUACCGGGAUGGUGUCUGGCAGGGUAUAGUUUUACUUAGUUAAGUUAGUUAAGUCGACCAUUUUUUUUUGUACGGGGCUUCAUAGGAAAUAGCUUUGCUUGUUUUGAAUGCCUCUUUCCAUUUCAAUUCAUCAUCGCCGUUAUUCAUUUUUGCAAUGCUAAUUGAUUAUUUAUAUAUUUAUAAGACAACAUUCGUUGAGAGCUACGCUACACGAUGUAUCACGUCCUUUAUUCGCACACUGUAUUUACCUUUCUUUAUGAUUUAUAAACGGCUAUACAUACAUACAUAUAUAUACAUAUAUAUAUAUAUAUACACAUAUAUGUAUAUAUAUAUAUACAGUAUAUAUAUAUAUAGGUCUAUAUAUGAAAAGGGUAUAUUGAUAGUAAAGGAUUGGUUAAACAUUAAUGGAGUAUCUUAACGAACCAACUAAAUAUGGUACGGUAUGUACCGACCCUUUGACAUUUUCUAACUGUAUAAUUUUAAAAUGCUUUAAAAAUGUAGAGUGACUGUACAGUGCUUGUUAAUCAUAUCAUUAUUAGACUCAGGCAACAAGUGCAGAUAAUGCAUGAUGCUGACUGGUAGGUAGGUAAGUAAUUUGAAAGGAUACCAUGUUAAUAUGAAAUUGCUAUCAAACAUUUUGGUUACAAUUUUUUUACAACAACCAGCAGAUGCUAGUUUAAAUGACAUAAAAUAAAGAGAGGGAGACAAUGAUUUAACGUUUUCAUUUUUAUUGUUCAUCUUCAGGAAUGAGAACCAGGUGAUUACAAAAAAUGCUACAAUAUGCAAAUGGUGGGAUAACCAAAGCAAGUAAAGCAAUGGUGAUUAUGAGAGUUAGGAAUGGAGGUUGGAUUAAUAUCCGAUAAACAAAUUCAACUCUCUUUAUAUUGAGGCCACAGUUUCAUAGAUUAAGGCGAUGGAUAGCCAGGGCUUACCACCACCCGAAUAGUAGAUAGGAUCAGUUAAAUGAACUAUCAAUUAUUGUAGUGUUGGAAUAUAUUAGCGAUUUAUAAUUAACAAAGAAAUUGUUUUUAAAUGUGAAUAACACUGUAAGAGAGUGUAGAAUGUUCAGAUACUUCAGUUAUAUGGCACCAGCCUGUCUGACCAAUAUAGUCACAAUCACAGCCAGGGCCAUUAAAAUGAUACACAACUGAAUCGUUUGGCUUACAUCUUGUAUAAGUAUGAUACUUUUUUAGUUUUCAUAAGAUAAUUAUUAUUAAUAAUAAUAAAUAUAGAAUAAUAUAUCGGGCAAAUGUCACAGCUGGCAAAAUACUGAUGGAAAAUAUCCGGAGGAAGGGGGGGGGGGGAAAAUAUCCAAUGAGCAACAGCCUUCUCUCGUUGAAUCAUGGCCUUCCUCUCUUUAUUUGGAGUAACGUUCGUUCUAUGAAAUUUGUACAAAAUUGAAAAAUUUUGAUUAUGAAACAUUCAUUAUUUUUAUAUACA